CCAGGGACAACGGCGGUGGCAGGGUGGCCGUAGGGUGUAGGGUGACGCGGCCCGGAACCGCAGCCCCGGCCGCCUCGGGCGCGACGCGAAGAGGACCGAACGAACCGCGUACGCCAAGCCGCGGGCACCCGCGGGGGCCGUGAGGAGGGCGAGGCCGCGGCCCCGUUCGCGCGCCGCCAGCCGCCGGCAUGAGCCACUUUCAGAUCCCGCCAGGACUUACGGAACUGCUUCAGGGCUACACCGUGGAGGUGCUGCGGCGGCGGCCGCCCGACCUGGUGGAGUUCGCGGUGGACUACUUCACCCGCUUGCGCGAGGCCCGCGUUCCGGUCGCCGCCGCCCAGUCGGGCGAGCCGGAGCCCCACGCGGGCCCCGAUCCCGACACGAGUGACGCGAGCGACACGGACGACGACGAGGAAGUGGAAGCUCCGGUUCCCAGCAGAUUUAACAGACGAGUAUCUGUCUGUGCAGAGGCUUAUAACCCUGAUGAGGAGGAAGAAGAUACUGAUCCACGGGUGAUUCAUCCUAAAACUGAUGAACAGAGAUGCAGACUUCAGGAAGCUUGCAAAGAUAUUCUUCUUUUCAAAAAUCUUGACCAGGAACAGCUUUCUGAAGUCCUGGAUGCCAUGUUUGAAAGGACAGUCAAAGUGGAUGAGCAUGUCAUUGAUCAAGGAGAUGAUGGAGACAACUUUUAUGUCAUAGAAAGGGGAACGUAUGAUAUUUUAGUAACAAAAGAUAACCAAAUGCGUUCUGUUGGUCAGUAUGACAAUCGUGGCAGCUUUGGAGAACUCGCUCUGAUGUACAAUACCCCGAGGGCUGCUACCAUUGUCGCCACCUCCGAGGGUGCCCUGUGGGGAUUGGACCGGGUGACUUUUAGAAGAAUCAUAGUGAAAAACAAUGCAAAAAAGAGGAAGACAUUUGAAUCAUUUAUUGAGUCUGUGCCACUCCUUAAAUCAUUAGAGGUGUCAGAACGAAUGAAGAUUGUGGAUGUGAUAGGAGAAAAGAACUAUAAGGAUGGAGACCGUAUAAUCACGCAGGGUGAGAAGGCUGACUGCUUUUAUAUCGUUGAAUCUGGCGAAGUACGUAUCAUGAUCAGGAGCAAGACUAAAACAAACAAGGAUGCUGGGAACCAGGAGGUUGAGAUUGCCCGCUGCCACAAGGGACAGUACUUUGGAGAGCUCGCAUUAGUCACCAACAAGCCUAGAGCUGCUUCAGCUUAUGCAGUUGGAAAUGUCACCUGUUUAGUUAUGGAUGUUCAAGCAUUUGAGAGACUCCUGGGGCCCUGCAUGGACAUUAUGAAGAGAAAUAUCUCACACUAUGAAGAGCAGCUAGUGAAGAUGUUUGGCUCCAGCUUGGAUCUGACCGACCCUGGACAAUAGAUGUGCCACUUCCCAGAGCCUUCUCAGUGUGACACCAGACCCCUUCCAGUCAGCCCCAGAACAUGUCCAGAAAAUAGACAUGACAGAACCGUUCCUGCUGUUGCCUCCACUGCUGCGAUUGCUGUGGUUUGGGCAUUUAGAAAAUUUGAAAGCACUGAAGGAUGAGCAAGAGAUUUGACCCACACCUCCACUUUGCGUCUGAAAGCCCAUUAUUAAACCACUCAUGAUGAUUACUCCAGCGGUUUUCACAUCUUUGGUUCAGAAUGGCAUGUCUCUCCAACAAUUUAAGUGCCUGAUACAAAGUCCAAAGUGUAAACAUCUUCCUUUCCUCUUGCUGCUACUUACUACUUUUGGAAGUUACCCUAAAGUCUGCAGAAACCUGUUGUACAACUGUAAACACCCUCCUCCAGACUUUUUCAAAGGAGGAAAUAUAACCGUCAGUCUCCUGUCCUUUGAGAAAGUCCAUAAUGUGUUCACAAUUGCUGCCUUUGAUUUGAUAGUAGGAAAUGGUAUCAGGUGUGAUGCAGGUCCGUGGUCACUGGCAUGAUACUGCCUGCUGACAGCUUCACAUAUCAGACCGUUUGCAAGCCCACACUGAUACUUAAAGAAAGGCAGGUUAGUACUUCAGAGCAGACUGAGGAUAGAACCCAUGUUGGAGCUUUAAACUUUGGAUUUAGUACGUUUUACCAGUAGUAGAGAGCCAGGAAAGGUUUCGCUGGGUUAGAAGUUUUUCCUUUUGUUUUGGUGGAUGUCAUGUUUAAUUCUGCAGUUUACAUGAGUGAAUGAAUUGCCAUCCAUUUAUAAGAAGCCAAGAGUGGCCAUUGAGCACAUUUGGCUAGUGUGUGGUACCGGUUGGUAGAAGGUGCUGUUCUUUAUCUGAAUUGAAUACUCAACAGGUCCUGCCAUCUCAUGUUCCCAGAUGCUUCUACUAGCAAGUGGCAGUAUGUUGGCAAGAAACUGUGCUGUGCAGGUAGCCAUUUGCUUCUGCUUGAGUUGCUGCAUAGUUUGGUUGUUGAACCAUCUAUUUUUAAACUCUUCAUAAGCUUUUUUUUUUUUUUUUUUUAAAGAAAGUUUUUCAGUGAGAAAUGGUGGUGCAUACUUGUAGUUCCAGCACUUGGAGGCUGAGACAGGAGGAUUUCUUCCAAGUUUGAGGCCAGCCUAUGCUAUAUAUUGAGUUCAAGGCCAGCCUGAACUACAUAGCAAGAUCCUGUCUCAAAAAAGGAAAAAAAAGUUAUCUGUUAAGGGAAUUCCCAUUGGAUGUAUUCAUCUGUAUGUAGCUUGCCAGCUGCCCAGAUAGUCAUUCUAAAGUUCCAAAAAUUGUUGGUGUUACUUUCCAAAAACUGGCAUCACUGGGACUGGGGACAUAGCUCAGUGGUAGUGUACUCAAUUUAACAAGCAUGAAGCUUUGGGUUCAGUCCUCAGCACCAUACAAAAGAGAACAAAAAGCAUCACUUUCAGUUUCAUAAAAUGACUGAAGACCUAAUUCAGAUAUUGGGAUAUUUUGGGUUCUACUUGUUUAUCCCCAAAGAUGAUGAUUUAAGUUGUAUUUAAAAUAUUUUUUAACCUUUUAAUUUUAGCACGUAAAAUUAUAAUGAUCCUAAUUAGCUGUAUUUCAGAAUGAUUUUUUAAAAUUCAGAAUGACUUAGACUCAGAUGCUACAAGGGAUCCAUGAAGUAGAACUCCUUUUCAGACUGCCCUGGGUAACCUGUGUUGCAACUCUGAGACUCAUGAAAGGUUGUGUGUAAUUAAUACUCCAAAACAGGCAGCUAGCACUGGGAAAGCCCCCUGUGGUAAUCCCACAUCUUUUUAAGGUUCUUUUCUAUAGUGUUGCUUUGUUGUCCAGUAAAUGCAGAAAGCUGGCCUUGUACUUUACCAGACAAGAAUCACAGCUGUUUCUUGCAAAGAUAGCAGGUGCAUUGGGCUUCAAGAGUGACACAGAAGUUCAGCCCCAGGCCUUGUCAGGACUGCUCAGAUGCUGAGAAGACAUGCUGUGUACUUUUUCAUGCCAGCAUCGGUUAGGUCCCUCCGAAUCCUGUGCCAGUUACUCUGUCAGGCUGCAGGAGCGGGCCUUCUCACAAGUCCCCCUCUUUCCUUUUACAAAGCCCUCCUUGUCAUCAUGACGCAUUGAUGGUACUGUUCUUAAGUGAGAACUCAACAAUUUCAUGUCCUGCUUUAAAUCCAGUGAACUUAGGCUCAUCAGUCCAGACUCUGACUGCAUGUGAGUCCCCUGGGCAGGGGAGUAGAAGAGACAGGCCUCUAGCUUGGGGGAAGGGGACAUUGAGGAGCCGCGUGAGAGAGGAAGAACAAAGCCAUUACCACUGCAUCCCACUCUCCUUUUCAGCCUUGAGUUGGCAGACCAAGUUUGACAGGGCUAGUGUCCCCAGCGAGCUCGGCACUGACAGCUGAGGCUCACAGAGAGGAACACAUAUUGGAAAGGGAUUCCUUUGUUGUGUCAUGUUUUCAUUUAAGGGUUCGAGCUUCGUGCUCUCUUUCCUAUUUUUGUUAUUGAUUUUGGAUGGCACAGAAUGUUUCUGAGAGGCUUGAGGUCCAACCUGCAAUAUUUCCCUUCCUUUGGCCCUGUUUUUCUCUCUCUCUCCUCUUGGCUGAAUUUUCUGAAGGAAAAGUUUGUGUUUUUACUCUCUUGGUCCAUAGUCUCCAUAUAGAAUUAUUAUGUUACAUAUAAUUGUUAUAUAGUCUCAGAAACCAAGAGGGAGGUUUCUCUGAGCAAUUUAGUGAGCGAAUUCAGCAGCAAAGUGGCAAGCAGUAGUUCUCCAGCCAAGAGAGAUGGUGUUUACCCCAAGUGCCCAGGUCCCGUGCUCACGGUGGGCGUCCCGGGCAGCACAGCAUGUCGGGUCGUGUCACAAAAUGCAGUCUACUCUCAUUUAGAAAAAGCAGAAGCAUUUUGCACAGAGACAAAGGAAAAAGACCCAUGAAUGUCAUCUUUUAUCUUUUGUUCUCAAUGGGCUGCUGUUAGAAUUUUUGUUUUUGACAGGCACUUGUAAAAUCAGUCUAGCUAAGAUACAAGUUGUUCUGGUUGUUCACUGUUGUUACCUCUUGUUCCUCUUGUCUUGACUGCUGAUAUUCCUCAGUGAUUCUUAUGUCUUGUUAUGGGAAGCAGCCUUCCCAUGAGUUUCCUUUCACACACUAGCAGGGCUAUCUUUAUACUUUUAAAACAAAUUUAAAAAAAUAAAUAAAAAAAGAAUGAAAGAAAACUGUCACUAAUCUCAUGGGGGGAUUUUCAGAGAAUCAUUUAGCCCACCUUGAUCAAAAGGUAGAGUCCUCAUUGUUUUUUUAAGCUUGUAAUAAAAAGAUACCGAAUUCAGCAUUAUUGUGCUACCUCACAGGUAAAAAUGUUUUAAGGUUAUUUUUUAGUCCUGAGUUCUACACAGUGUUUGAAAUGUCUUUCAGUUGGAAUUUUUUUAAGUCGUCGGGGUGAUUCUUAUGUUAACUUGUUUUACACUUGUACUUUAAUCUCAGAAGAAUGAUUGGAAAGCAAUCAGUUUUUCUGUGGUAUUGAAUAUACUUAUAAUUAAAAAUCAUUAAGAGUUAAAUCAUUGUUUGCCAUGAGCAAAGUUGAGGUUUUUUUAAAGGAAACUCUAGGGCUUGGCUUCCCUCUUGGUUAAUAAAGGCUGACAAAUCCUG